GUCAUCGCAGACAGCAUAGCUGAAUAUAACCAUGCAGUAUAUGAUAACAUAUCUUAUAGUUAUGGUUGCACUAACGGCACAAGCAAAGAAAUGUGAAAAUCACGGAGAUUGUAACUCUAAUUGGUACUGUGAAAAUGAAAAGAGUGGAAAUGGAACAUGUGUAAAGAUGAUUAAACCACCAGGGGCUUGUAACAGAAGCGUGGCGUGUCUAGGAGGAUCUCAUUGUGAAAAUGGCACGUGUAGCGAGAGGUGUCGUUCUGAUCCUGACUGUUUGGUGUACAGAAAGGGUAGACAUAAAUAUUGUACAUCAGGUGGACUAGUGACCCUUGUGAAAGGCUACUGCGAACUACAGAAGAAUGAUGAGGAAGUCUGCUCUCGCCAUCAAGAAUGCAAAAAGAAAAGAUUCUGCAAAAAUGGAACUUGUAAAAAGGCGGAAGAAGUUGCUGCAUGUACUAUUAAGUGCGUAGGCCCACAUCUUAACCCACAGAAAAUUAAAAUCGGUGACCUCGUCAAUGUUACAUAUUCUUGCACCUUUGGUAGACAAGGCCCAUCUGGACCAAUGCCAAUCGUGGCACAGUUGCUCUCAAACAGAAAGAUCAAAGCGGGAUCAGCAAACGGCACCUCACCAUUGACGAUCAGUGGAGAAUACAGUGAAAUAGCACGUGGAGGAGUGUUCACGCAUGAAAUACGCGGGGAAAUGAAAAAAUGCAUUAAUAAUAGGAAGUUCUGCAAAGCGGGUGAAAGAUGCAUUCUCCGAACAUAAAAUUGUCAUCUUCUGAAUAUAGAUUUCAUAACACCUGAAAUAUAAAAUGAUAAUUAUGACC